GCGGUCACUCGUUAGCAGCACUGUGAAUGUUCACGAAUCAAAUAUCAGCGGUUUAUUUAGAAUGUUUAUCAUCUUUACCGGUUCAUUCAUGCGCGAUAUUUAAAGAACGUUUGGCCGAUUUAUACUUCUGACCAUUGUUUCGCUAUACUCUGUUUUUAUGAUCAAAUUAAACCUGACCAUGGCAAAGUGAUUUGUUAGCUAUCAAGACUUCUUUUAGUUUUCUGAUCAAGUGGUAUAACGUGAAGAAUUUCAGUGGCUGGAGAAAGUUUACAAUAGACAAUACAAAAAUGCAGGAAUUAAUCACAACUGUCGAUCACCUCAAGUUUGAUCUAGAAAUUGCAGUAGAACAGCAAUUGGGUGCUCAACCAUUGCCAUUUCCAGGAAUGGAUAAAUCUGGUGCUGCUGUGUGCGAGUUCUUCAUGAGAGCUGCCUGUAUGAAAGGUGGAAUGUGUCCUUUCAGACACAUAAGCGGAGAAAAGACUGUGGUGUGCAAGCACUGGCUUAGAGGCUUAUGCAAGAAAGGAGACCAAUGCGAGUUUUUACAUGAGUAUGACAUGACAAAGAUGCCAGAGUGCUAUUUCUACUCCAAAUUUGGGGAGUGCAGUAACAAAGAGUGUCCAUUCUUGCACAUUGACCCAGAAUCUAAGAUUAAAGAUUGCCCGUGGUAUGAUAGAGGAUUUUGUAAACAUGGUCCGGAUUGCAGGCACAGACACACAAGAAGAGUCAUCUGUGUAAAUUACCUUGUCGGCUUCUGUCCAGAGGGCAAGUCAUGCAAAUUCAUGCACCCAAGAUUUGAACUGCCUAUGGGUGCGACUGAACAGCCACCACUUCCUCAGCAAGCACAGUCUCAGCAAAAGCAGCAAAACAUGCAGCCCAUGAACAGGUCAUCAUAUUCUCUCAUUCAGUUAACCAACCCCAAUGUAAACAACAACCAGAGAACACCAAAUGCUGUUGGGAUAGUGCAUCCUAAUAGCAACAUGGGCGGAUCUCGUGGUCCUCGUCCACUGGACCAAGUUACAUGUUACAAGUGUGGUGAGAAGGGCCAUUAUGCAAAUAAAUGCACAAAAGGACAUCUGGCUUUCCUGAGUGGACAGUAAUGGUUUUCUACAAAAAAAGGAUCUUUCAUAAUUGUGGCUGUCACUUGCAGAUUGAGAUGCUCGAUUCCUGGUACAUUAACCCUUUACUGCAAAGGUUGUAGUUGACUGACAUACAUGAGCCAAGCACUCUUGUGAGCGAGUGUGCACCACAGCAAGUAUGUGAACAGGCAGAAUGAAUGGCCAGCGAAACCUUUUUGAUAUUUGUUUUUCUUUCAUAUAAAACCUUACCUGCCUCACAUUCAUACUUUGAAAUGCGAGUCUUUUGUAUUGAAGCUACAAGCUCUUUAUUACUGAAAUGUAAAGCAAUGCUGACAUUAGAGAGAAAUCUAUUAAGCAUUCUUUUAGAGAGAACAUUGCAUCUCAUAUGAAUAUUAUUACAAUUAGCAGCAAUGUUUUAUCGUGAAUUGAAGAGGCAGUCAGGGCGUAACUUGGUAGUAAAUCAAGAUGAUUGAUGGUAUAAAAAAAGAUUGAGGAUUAGGGAUGUUGUACCUCUUACUACAAUAAAGAUUCAACUGGAUUUAUGAAGCCUUGUUCUCUAGCAUGUUUUAUCUGUAUUUCACAACAUGAAGAAUGUAACAAUAAUAGAUUUAAUUUUCACUGAGGACCAACUGUUAACAACCUGCUCAUGCUUUUCCAUUCUUUUAAGACUGGCUAGUCACUUGCAGUGCAGUACUUUUGUAUUUCUCUUUACUCUGGCAAUACAAUGUAUUUAAAGAAAUACUUCACCCAAAAAUGAAAAUCCUCUCAUCAUUUACUCACCCUCAUGCCAUCCCAGAUGUGAAUGACUUUAUUUCUUCUGCAGAACACAAAUGAAGAUUUUAGAGGAAUAUCUCAGCUAUGUAGGUCCACACAAUGCAAGUGAAUGGUGAUCAGACCAAAAACCACAUAAAGGAAGCAUAGAAGUAAUCCAUAAUACUCUAGUGGUUAAAUCAAUAUCUUCAUAAGCAAAAGCACUAUAUAGGUGUGGGUGAGAAACAGACAAUUUAAUUUUUACUCAAUCUCCACUUUCCACAUCUGAAAGUGCACAUAUAGUAAGGACUCAAAUAAUGUUCUGUUUCACACCCACACCUAUUAUAUUGCUUCCGAACAUAUGGAUUACUUUUUUGUUUCCUUUGUGAGAUUGUUGGAGCUACAAACGUCUGCUCACCAUUUAUUUGCAUUAUAUGGACCUACAGAGCUGAAAUAUUCUUCUAAAAAUCUUUGUGUUCAGCAGAAGGAAAGUCAUACACAUCUGUGAUGGCAUGAGGGUCAGUAAAUGAUGAGAGAAUUUUCCUUUUUGGGUGAACGAUCACUUUAAAUGAGCACUUCAGUGUAAAUGGGUAGCUGACAUGUCAGGCAGUGACAGCAGUGUCCUGUAAUGUGACAUGUUAUUCUUUAUUUGUACUGAAACACUGUUACUCUUGCAUAAUUUUACAUGCAAUUUUAAUGACCUUAUUUUAAUAGAAAGACAUCCUAAAAUAUUUGUGCUUAUAAAUAUUAAUUUGUCUGCAGGACUGUUUAAAAGUGAAAUGUAAAAACUUAAGUUACAGCACCUUAAAUAUACACUUUCCCCUAACACGUUGAUUUUAACCUAAAAUCUUGAUUUUAUGUUCACUAAAAAAAAAUGUCCAUGUUAUUUGUCAACUACCCAAAAUGUCUACUGCUUUGCAAUAGUCCAAGUUGCAAAGUUUCUUAUCUUGUAAUACUGAAUUUAUAUUUAUCAGUCAAACCAUUGUAACCCUAUCAAUUUAC